UGCAGCCCAUAAGUAUGUUGCAGCCCAUAGGACGUCACCCGUAAAGCUCGUUGACCUCACCCCACCAAAUUGUAAGGAAGCUGCUAACUUACCCCUCUGCUCCUCUGCUCCUCUGCCCCUCCAUUGAGUAAGUAUUAUUAUUAGUCCCGGUUCUUUCUGCUGCGGUCUUUCUAACUGCGUGCUUUUUCCCAACGGACGUCCAAGAGAGAAAAAACAACCAUCGUCUGAAAUACCGCAAUCCUUCUUUCUAGUUAUUCUCUUAUUUUUCCUAAGAGUCUUAUUUCGGAUUAAGGAUCAAUUGAAUAUCUCCAUCUGUCAAAAUGUCCCUGUCAAACAAGCUAUCUAUCACGGAUGUUGACCUAAAGGGCAAGAGGGUGCUCAUCCGGGUCGACUUCAAUGUCCCCCUUGACGCAGACAAGAAGGUCACAAACAACCAACGUAUCGCCGGUGCCGUCCCCACUAUCAAGUACGCAAUCGACCAUGGCGCAAAGGCUGUUGUCCUCAUGUCCCAUCUUGGCCGCCCUGACGGCAAGGUCAACCCCAAGUACAGCUUGAAGCCUGUUGUCCCAGAACUUGAGAAGCUACUAGGCAAGAGCGUUGAGUUCGCCCCGGACUGCGUCGGUCCCGAGGUUGAAGCUAUCGUGAACAAGGCAGACAACGGCCAGGUCGUUCUGCUAGAAAACUUGCGAUUCCACCCUGAGGAAGAGGGCUCUUACAAGGAUGCGGAGGGCAAGAAGGUGAAGGCGGACAAGGCCAAGGUUGAGGAGUUCCGCAAGGGCUUAACUGCUCUCGGUGAUGUCUACAUCAACGACGCUUUCGGAACCGCCCACCGAGCUCACUCUUCUAUGGUCGGUAUUGACCUCCCUCAGAAGGCCGCCGGUUUCCUCAUGAAGAAGGAGCUGGACUACUUCGCACAGGCCCUUGAAUCGCCGAAGCGCCCCUUCCUCGCCAUUCUCGGCGGUGCCAAGGUCUCUGACAAGAUCCAGCUCAUCGACAACCUGCUAGACAAGGUCGACAGCAUCAUCAUCUGCGGUGGCAUGGCCUUCACCUUCAAGAAGACCCUCGAGGGCGUCAGCAUCGGCAACUCCCUCUUCGACGAGGCUGGCUCCAAGAACGUCGGCAAGCUCAUCGAGAAGGCCAAGAAGAACAACGUCAAGGUCGUCCUGCCCGUCGACUACGUGAUUGCGGACAAGUUCGACAAGGACGCCAAGACCGGCACGGCCACCGACAAGGAGGGCAUUCCUGACGGUUGGAUGGGUCUCGACUGCGGUCCCGAGUCUAUCAAGCUAUACAAGGAGGCUAUCGACUCGGCUCAGACCAUUCUAUGGAACGGCCCCCCUGGUGUCUUCGAGUUCGAGAAGUUCGCCAACGGCACCAAGGCUACUUUAGACGCCUUCACAGCCGCCGUGGCCGCGGGCAAGAUCGGCAUCAUCGGCGGUGGUGACACCGCCACCGUCGCUGCCAAGUACGGCGCUGAGAGCAAGUGCUCUCACGUGUCGACCGGUGGUGGUGCUUCUCUCGAGCUCCUGGAGGGCAAGGCCUUACCCGGCGUGGUUGCUCUUAGCACCAAAUGAGAAUUAGGGCGGUCGGUGCGUCUGUGAGCAUCGCUUAGCACGGCUUAGAAAGGGGUAACCGGUUUGGGUUGGUUAGCUAAAUGCACGGGUUGCUGGUAACGGUGGAUCAACCAGGCGGUGGUCCUUUUCAUUGUUACUGUUAUUGAUAAUGUUACGUAUUGAGCUUAUGAUAAAGCCACAGGGCUAAAAUUAGAUGAAUAACUGAUAAAAGUAUUAGACGUACAUA